GCUGUAUGUACUACUUAGGUCUCAAUUCAUAAAGAUUUAAAAAAGACGAGGAUGGAGGUACAAAACAAGUCUCUUAACACAACAACAGGUGUUAUUCUUAUGGGUUCAAGCAGCAUGUUGUACUCCCAAGAUGACCGUACCCUUUGGUUCUUUUACUUUCCUAAAAUCACUGAGAAUUGCUUUAAAGUUUCUGAACAAUUUGCAAGUAUGCAAUACAAUUCGUAUGCAUUGAAUAGCAGCAGUAUUAAUGUGACUAGUCGUGGAAAUGCAGUGGAAUUUAAAAAACAGGACCAUGUUACCACAACUUAUCUUAAUGACAUGUCGCAAGGGACUGAAAGCAAUUGCAAAUGCACCGAUUGUAUAACGUCUUCAUUUAAUGUAUCUUUUGAACCCAAGUCAACGAUGUUAAAUUUACCGUUUCGAGCGGCCUAUGACGAAAAGUUUACUAUACCCUCGUUAUUUAUUUCUUCCGACAUCCAUAAAGAAUUGAAACCAGUCAUUCCUACUAAAAGAGCUGCUCAGAAUAGAGCUGCUCAGCGUGCUUUUCGCUUACGAAAGGAGCGUUAUGUCAAAAAUUUGGAGCAACGGGUCAAGCUUUUGGACCAAUGGAAAAUUGAAAUUGAAAGACUGCGUAUGGAGAAUCACCAACUACGAAUAGAGUUAGGAAAAACCACACAAACAUUCAAGACAGAAGAAAGACAGACAUCAUAUGAUUCUGAACCGCAAAAAAUACCAGAUGCGGUUUUUGCGAAAGAUCCCGCUUACUGUGCUGAAAUGACAAAGAAUAGUUUAUAUUUGAUUCAAUAUGAAGAGACUUCGACCACUGCUGCUACUGCAUUUGCCCUUCCUAUAUUUAGGCGAACAAAAAAGAAAAAAAAUGUAAAAGAAGAGCCUGUGCGCUUGCUUCCACGGCAAAUAGAAACUUCAUUUCAGCCAGUUAGACUUCAUUCACCCGAACAUAUCAACUUCCAAAAUACUACUAACUCUUUUUCUCCACCUCUCUAGUCGUGCUCCUCCUCGUCAUCAAAUGUCUCCUUUGACAAAUUUGAAGAUAAUUUUUACCUAAUACCCAUGAGCCACAGUAAACAGGUCGAUUUCGGCGGGGGACAGCUGAUUGGGAACUCUGACUCUUGCGAAACUGAUAACAGAUGACCCCUCCUCACAUGAAGAGUCGUCUUCCAAUCUCAACCUAGUAUUGGAUAUGACUGUUGACCAAGCGGCGCCUUCAGUAAUCCAUUUAGGUAAUCUGUGAAUCACUUUCAAAUUAAGCAUAAGAGCAUCAUCUUCCCCAAUCCUAUCUUUUCACUCAGGUCGUUAAUUCAUUAUGGAGGUAGCUUAUGGUUUUCCUAUUCUUGGCAGUAUUCUCUUCACAUAUGUACUUAUCGCGCACAAUGAUAACAUCAAUUUUUUCCCUCUCAAUACCAUCAUUAAUUCUUUUAUAAUAGUUCAGGUUUUAAUAUACGCAUAUCUUUCCUUAAAUGGUUGAAA